GCCAUGACUGCACUCCAAAAACAAGUCGGGCAGCUCUUUGCGGUGGGAUUCCACGGCUUCACCCCAAGCCCCGAAAUCAAAACCUUGAUCCACGAUUAUCAUGUUGGAGGCAUCGUCCUGUUUUCGCGGAACUUCGAAAAUGCAGAGCAACUGCAGGCCUUAACACACGCUUUACAAAAUGAAGCCAAAUCAGCCGGCCACACGCGACCGCUGUUGAUCGGAAUCGACCAAGAGAACGGGUUUGUCACCCGCAUUUCUCCCCCGGUCGCUGCUCAGGUUCCAGGGCCGAUGGCGCUUGGCGCUACCCACGACCCGGAAUGCGCCUAUAGUGCGGGGAAGGCUACAGGCGAGACUCUGAGUUUCUUUGGUAUUAACAUGAAUUAUGCCCCUGUCUGCGAUAUUAAUUCCGAGCCUUUGAACCCCGUUGUUGGGGUGCGCAGUCCAGGCGAUGACCCUGAGUUCGUGGGUCGAUUUGCAAGUGCCACUGCGCGCGGUCUGCGGGAGCAAAAUGUUGUUCCUAGUGUCAAGCAUUUCCCUGGGCAUGGUGAUACGGCUGUUGACUCGCAUUAUGGACUACCGGUUAUUCCCAAGACUAGAGAUCAGCUAGAGCGCUGUGAGUUAAUUCCGUUUAGGCGGGCUGUGGCUGAGGGUAUCGAGACGGUCAUGACGGCUCACAUCUCGCUGCCUUGUAUUGAUCUCACGCGCCCUGCAACGCUUUCAUCGAGUGUAUUGGAUAUUUUGCGCAAAGAUAUGGCCUAUGAUGGUAUGAUAAUCACGGAUUGUCUGGAGAUGGACGGUAUUCGUUCUACUUACGGCACGGAAGAAGGCUCGGUGCUGGCGUUGUGCGCUGGCAGCGAUAGCAUCAUGAUCUGCCAUACCUUUGAAGUGCAGGUAGCUUCGAUCAAGCGGGUCUGUGAAGCAAUCCAGUCCGGAGACAUCGAUCAGCCACGACUAGCGGAUGCUUGUCGCCAUGUUGCUACCGUGAAAGACAAGUUUUUGAACUGGGACACAGCCCUUCGACAAUCCGAUCUUACCGGUCUCAGCUCGCUCAACAAUAAAAUCGCCGAGACAACCAUGGAUAUAUACUCUCGGUCGACGACUCUUGUUAGAGAUAAAAAUGGUAUUUUGCCAUUAUCAAAGACCUCAAUAAUCAUCUUCCUCUUCCCUGGAGGUAAAAUUCCAGCCGGUGGCGCCGUUGAUGGCGAAGGAAUUGCAAGACAGGGAUUCUUCCAGUCCAAAAAAUAUCUCGAUGUGCUUCGACAACACAACAAUUCUAUUGCCGAAAUCAGAUAUUCCAGCGCGGGUCUGACUGCGGAACAAUGGCGGAUGCUUGAAGUCGCAGACGUUGUGAUUUUCACUUCGCUCAAUGCCCGGGAGUCACCGUACCAGGAAUUACUGGGGCUCGAGCUCGCCGAGCGCAUUCAGUCGUUAGUCCACAUUGCUGCCUGUAACCCUUACGACUUCCUCGACGCCCCCAGUGUCAAAACAUAUAUCACUACCUACGAACCGACGAUAGAGGCAUUCUCAGUCGCUGCUGAUAUCAUGUUCGGGGCUUUGAUUCCAACAGGCGCCCUGCCGGUGGGAUCCAAUGCUCUGACGAAAACUUCUGCGGUAACCACCCCCUUUGACGCACAGAAGGACCUCGACGAUGUGAUCGGAGUCUGGACUGCCGCUUUACCAACCUAUAUUGUUCCCAGUGAAAGCCUGCGAUCUCUUAUCGUGCGUCCUUAUGCCCAUCAUUUCAUCGCCCGCAUUGGAUCGGAGCUGGUGGGCUUCUGUCUCGCCUAUACCAACGCCCAUGGCGAGCCAAAUACCGUUUACAUUGCAGUCCUUGCCGUGUCGCCCAGCUAUCAACGCCAGGGUGUUGGUAUUGCUCUUCUGGAAGAGACUCGUGCGCAUUUCCGCACGACAUUGGGUUUCAAUCGCGUCAAGCUGGGCAGCUCGUUCCCCCGAUUCUGGCCUGGAAUCCCCCAAGACCUUCCAGAGACGGUGCAGCAUUUCUUCAUCCAUCGUGGUUUCCGACUCAGUCCCCCAACUGCCCGAUCCGUUGAUUUGUACCAAGACAUCCGGAACUUCCAAUCGCCAGAGAAGUAUAUCACGCGCACCAAAGAUCGGGGCUUCCACUUCGCGCCGCUGAAGCCGGAAGACUACGACGCUUGCUUGGUUGGCCAGAGACGGAACUUCUCUGACAAAGCAGGGUGGGUGGAAGCCUACGUCGCAUUACAUCCCGAGAAGUAUCCCGACAGCGUGAUGACAGCCUUCGACUCAGAAGGCCGCCAAGUCGGCUGGACACUGAUGCUAGGGCCGUCCGAAGCGCUGAAUCACUCUUGGGCCUUCCCGCAAACGUGCGGCCCCAAAACGGGGCUGAUUGGAGCUGUUGGAAUCGACGAGUCCCAUCGCAAGUCUGGCAUUGGCCUGGCGAUGAUCUGCCACGCCGUGGAGAAUAUGAAGAAUCGCGGUCUCGAGGGCGUUUUCGUCGACUGGGUCGCCCUGGACGGCUGGUAUGAGCAGGUUGGCUUCCAGACCUGGCGAAGCUAUCGUCCAGGGGAGCUUUGA